AAUUGUGACGAGACCGGGUCUGUAUCCAACCAGAACUAGGGUUUCAUAUAUAAUAACACAGUUUGUUCAGGGUUUUAUCAGACAGGGGGCGUACCCAGAGAAGAAGCCAGGGAAGAAGAGGGGAGGGAGAGUGUUGAACGCUACAUCAAGAUGGGUAUUUCAAGGGAUUCCAUGCACAAGAGGCGUGCAACUGGAGGCAAGAAGAAGGCGUGGAGAAAGAAGAGAAAGUAUGAGCUUGGACGCCAAUCAGCAAACACCAAGUUGUCAAGCAACAAAACAAUCCGGAGGAUUCGCGUUAGAGGUGGUAAUGUAAAAUGGAGGGCACUGAGGUUGGAUACUGGAAAUUACUCAUGGGGUAGUGAAGCAGUAACCCGCAAGACUCGUAUUCUAGAUGUUGUCUACAAUGCCUCAAACAAUGAGCUUGUGAGAACCCAGACUUUGGUCAAGAGUGCUAUUGUUCAGGUUGAUGCUGCUCCUUUCAAGCAGUGGUACCUUCAACACUAUGGUGUUGACAUUGGCAGAAAAAAGAAAGCAGCAACCAAGAAGGACUCUACCGAGGAGGGUGAUGCUGCUGCUGAAGAAGCAAAGAAAAGUAACCAUGUGCAGAGAAAAAUUGAGAAGCGCCAGAAAGAUCGCAAACUUGAUGCCCACAUUGAAGAGCAAUUUGGCGGUGGCAGAUUGUUGGCAUGUAUUUCUUCUCGCCCUGGACAAUGUGGCAGGGCCGACGGGUACAUUCUGGAAGGUAAGGAGCUGGAGUUUUACAUGAAGAAACUCCAGAAAAAGAAGGGAAAGGGUGCGGCUUAAUUUUAGCGUUUUCCAAGGUUCUAUUUGGAUUUAGUUCUUGGAAAUUGGUACAAUUGGAGAUGAUGUAUGUUUUUACGACUGUUGGUGGAGGUCAUCUUUAGUGUGAACGUUUUGUUAGUUUUAUGCCAAUUUCAACCAAAAUUUUGUUUUAA